AUGAAUCAAUCUCGAUCGGGGAUAAGCGAUGAAAAUUUUGACCCAUCGCUGAUAGAUGAUAACAGGACCGAUGAGGCCGCCGGAUCUUUUUAUGACAACGAUCAGCACGAUACAGAAGAGCUCUCUGAUGAUGAGGAAGAAAUAUUAAUGGAAAGUCCUUCUACUGAUCUUGUUAAGGACAUCAUGAAGCGUUUGUUGAAGGUACAAAAACAAAUGAAGUCGUUAACACAUAAAAUCGAGAAUGUUUUGAAUGUGAAUUCUUUAGAUUUACAUCCAUUGGGUGUAAAUAACGAAAAUGACAUUGAAGGCACAAUAUUACUGUUAAUAAAAUAUGAUGAACUUCAUCUUUUUCUCUGGGGGCGUAUGGCUAAAUUGCUUCACGAAGAACACCAGCAAUGUGCCGAUGUUUACACUGAUACGUUGAACUUGCAUGAUCGAGAGCCAUUUGAGUCUCUUACUUAUACAAUUCACCAUAACACUGUAUUUUGUGAAUACAUGGGGGAAUUGAUAAAUAUCACUAUAGACCACACAGCCACCCAUUCUGAUGGUGAAGGCGAACAAUUGAGACAGAAUUGGGCUAAGCACAUCAGGAGCAUGGAGAAAUCUCAGAUUCUUGCUACUUAUACCGCAUUGCUGGUUGUCGAAGGUUCACGCGAGAGUUUUUUGGAUCCUUUUUCUACUUAUGACCUUUGCAAGAUAAUUGUUGAGGAGAAAAUUCGUAGAAAACGACUGUUGGCACUAUCAUUAUUGUUUAGCAUGCUUGAGCAAGACGAUCAAGCAAUGGGUGAAACUCUUAAUCAGCAACUCCCUCAGAUUUUGUUACAGAGGGUCAGACAUCUUGUUCAUCGAAUUUUUGGUUAUCCUGAGAAACAGAAUGUAAUGUUUUCUCGAGAGCACAGUGGUUCACCAUUUAGACAUUAUUCUACUUUAAUACACAGCAACUCUAAUUCUCCUUUUAGCUCGCGAAGGGCUUCACCAGAGAUUGUGAAUAGAAAUCUAAUUAAUGAUACAAGAGGGACACCGCUAUCAAGUUCAGCAUUGGCUUCCCUUCAUAAUGGCAGUUCGUCUUCACACGCCGCGGAUAAUCAAGGGAUCACUUCUGCAGAAGCACAAAUGAGGGAAUUACCAAUAAUUAAUAUGGAGUUUGAAAAACCUUUAUUUCAAAGAGUAAAGCAUACACGUGAUAAUCAAGAAAGUGAAGUGACGUCGAGGCCAGCAAAGGCAAUUAAAUUGGAAAUAAAUGAGCGAGGUCCUGAAUGCCAGGAGUCAAAUGAAAAUUGGCAACCACAAAAAGGGGAGAAAGUAGGUCGAGGUCCCGCAUGGAGUUUUGAAAACCAAGCUGAAGUUUGUGAUAUUGGUGAAGUAUUGGGAGUGACAACUACAGAGGAAAUAUUAGUAAGUUGGGUAAGGAAUGUGGAUUCUGCUGCGGAUAACGAUGCUGAGUCCCGUGUUUUUCGUUACAAAUACAAAAAGCCUCAUGAACAGGUAGUUUCAUGGCAACGGUUCUUGAGUAUAAAAAGCAUGAAAUCAGAGGAUAUUGACUUUAAAAUGGAGGAAUUUAUGCUUAAUUGCGCUGUCAUAGGAGCUAUUUGUCAUCAACGAGAAGCCGUACUUCCAGCUCUUCAAUUUCAAGUGAUUGAAUCCAUGAUACAUGUUUUGAAUAGUAUUGAUUUAGCUGGCGCUGCAACUAUGGCUAAAAAUGCAGAAACGGAUACCGAAAUGCGAGAAAGGACCCUUUUGAGAAUGGAAGAAGAAGACGGAGCUGUGGAUGAAGAUAAAUUAGAAAUUCGAUUGAGGUGGGAUGCAAAACUUUAUAUUACGAAGGAGCACUACCGUCGGGUGAGGGAAAUCGUGGCGAGAGUAGGCUGGGUAUUGAAUGGUUUGCUUUCCCAUAAGAAAUUGGCAUUUCUCUUUCUUGAACUAGGUGGAUUGAGACAGAUUAUGACAUUGAUUAAUGCAAACCUAGAGGUUUCGACGACAUAUGGCUGCUGUAUGGUGUUGUCUCAACUCGCGAGAAGUGCUGUGUUGGAAAAGCUCCUUCGAAAUCAUGGAGAUUAUUUUGAACCCAUAAUGAAAUUUGUUCUGCAUCACUGGAAAAAUGCGUCUAGUCACGAUGUACAAAGUAGCGCGGGUGGUUUUCUUUUUCAGGCUCUGAGCUUUCCUUGUGUCAUUUCAUUUUUCGACAUCCAUGAGGGUCCACAGUCAACUAUGGCUACAAUAGAGAGACUACUAAAUAACUCAGAAGAACGAUUUGACGUUAUUUAUCCAGGUCUGACUCUUGCCGCGUUAAAGUGUUUUUAUGUGUAUUUGGUUUCUCAUUUGAUGCUUUAUACGAGAGUUGUUUUUCGAAAGCAUCGUUUUUUAUCAACUCUAGUGACAAAUUCUUCUCAGGGCGUGUCGUUGCCUCGGGAUCCAGCAACAGUUGAAUGGAUUUUGAGUUUUCUUUCUUCUACCUCUGCAUCUAUUCCUGACGUAACGAUUGAAACUGUUCACAGCUUAUUGACUCGAGAGAGGCUUGUUGUUUUUCGAUCCUUAAUCGAAAACGAUUUUCACAGACUUUUGCUUCGGUGUACACAAUUUUACUUUAAUCAGGGCCGUUGGGAGUUACUUGCAGCUUCUUUGAACGUUUUGUGUGUUUUGUCGGUUGUUCCCUUUGUUCGUCCCCUAAUUGCGGAUGCACAGUAUCCGGAGUCUGGAAUUGUACACUUGAUUAUGAUAUUAAGUGAUUUGCCGUCGGCCUCUCGAAACGGGAAUACAUCUCGUGAAUCGCACUUAAUUCCAUGUGUGGCUACCGCGUUGCAGAUCCUAUUGCAUCUAGCAGUACCUCCUGUGGAUAAAAGUGAUGAGGCAUCCGUAGCUACAUUUAAUCAAGUCUGUGGCAUGAUCAGGGCAAACGAUGGCGUUCGCACUUUGUUAGAAGUUUUGAAGAUUCGAAAGGAUGCGGCGAUGUCAGCCAAACUUCAUUUUUUUCCAGUGGUUGCUCGGGCUCUACAGUUGAUGGUAACUCUUCAGCGUUAUGCCGAUACUCGUCUUCUUUUUGAUGCUCUGGAUGUGAAUUCAGUGGCCAGAGAGUUGUUGAAACAAUAUGACGAUGUUCAAAAGGAAUAUAUCUCUAUGAUGGGAUCUCGUUAUACUGCAGGUGAUGUACAUGCAACAGGUCGUUUCAUGGAAAAUGUUAAAUGUUUUUUGUUUGACAAAGAAAAUAAGGAAAAUUUAACUGUUUCUGUGGAUCCAGUGGAAUUGGAAAGAAGACAAGCCAUUAUUGCUCAUUCUUACAUCAAUUACUCAAGAGAAUCAUUAUUAGAAUUAAUUUAUCGUUAUUUGGAUUCUGAGGGAUUACAAAAUGCGGCUUCGGUUUUGCGUCGUGAUGCAAAUCUUUCUUCAGAUUUUUCUCAGUUGCAGCAAUCGACGCAUUUGAAUACAGAUGUGACGGCUUUUUCGACAAUUGGUGCACCUACUCUUGAUAGUAUCAUACGCUCUUAUUUGAGACAGCAACACGAGAAGUGUACUAACCCUAUUUCUACUCUUCCUCAAUUUGAUUUGCGGAAAAGUCAUGUAUAUUACCCAUUGGCCGCUCCUGUUGAAUACACACGGAAUACUUUUAACCGUGGACUAGCGCGAAAAAUGGGUAUUGACUUCUCCUUACGUAUGAGAAACAAUGAAAAUCAUUUUCUCUAUCGUUACCCAGGGCAUUUGUUUGGUAUCGCAGGUGUUGGUGAUGAAAUGCAAGGAGACACCAUUGCUUUUUGUGACAAUGGAGACACAUUAGUCGUAGGGACAUCAGAUGGAACCAUAGCCCUUUUUGAUACAUUUCCAGAUGAUUCCUCUGUGGAAAAGUUGCUGGAACAGCAUCUUGUUUUUGACGAUGAUGGCGUAUCUGGUGUUUUUGUAUCUGAUGACGGGGAUAUGUUUGCGGUAGUUAGUAGCGACUGCGAAGUAGCUGUUAUGCGGCGUGAUAGUCUUCCAGUUGUUAAAUACUCUGUUGAGGGUAGCCGUGCUGCGCGGUUUUCUAAUUCCAAUACGUUUCUACUGACAACAUGUGAUGAACGUCACACAUGCCGUCUGUAUGAUAUCUCGGCUCAACAGGAGGUGCGUCAUUUCAGUGACCCGUCUUGGGUUGGCGAAAAUCUGGACAAUGUGGCUACAUUUGAUGCUUUUUCACAGCUUAUUCUUAGUGACGCCGUCCUGUGGGAUAUACGUUGUGGCGAUAAGCCCAUAUACCGUUUUGACCGUUUAAAUGAAUCUUUUUGCAAUGCCUUUCAUCCUUCUAACCUUCUCGUGCUUGUCGAUGAGAAAAUAUGGGAUUUGCGGACGUUAACCAUGUUACAAACGGUGCCUGCCUUUAAAAAGACCAGCAGCUUUCAUAUUAAUUUAUUUGGCCAAGUGAUUUACAGUUUUCGCGAAGCUUCAAGUCUUGGGAAUUCUGCCUCAUCAGUUCUCUCAGUUGUAGAGAGCCACACUUUUGAGACGGUUUUUUCCACCGAGGUUCGCCCACCCUUCAGGGCGUUUGCCAUUGACCCUUCAGAUAGGUAUUGCGCUGCGAUUAUUGAUCAAGACAUGGGUGCUGUGGUGCGGGUGUUUUCAACUUCUUCUGGGCCACUCCCCGGGCAACAGACCUUUCCUUUUCCCCAGAGCAAUGGUGAUAAUGCGAGCGAAACAGAUCUGGGAGAGAAUGAAGAUGGUGACGAAGACGAGUUAGACCACGACAGUUCCUCGUCCUCCAGUGACGAAGAUAGUGACGAUGAUCCUAGUAGUGAUACGGUAGAUGAAGAAGGAAGCGAAUUGGACCACACGGAGGCAGUGAGCGGUGCAGACUCCGAAGAGGUGAGCGAUGCUUUUGAGAAUGGUACGCUAACGACAACAGGGGAUGAAACUAGCGGAAGCGGAGAGUCCGGUGAGACAGCCGAAGAAAUGGAAGAAGUUUCUGACGAAUCGAUGAGUUCUACCUAA